AUGACGAUUUAUCACGACGAAAUUGAGAUUGAAGACUUCGAAUACGACGAGGAUGAAGAUCUCUACACAUAUCCUUGUCCAUGUGGUGAUGAAUUUAUAAUAACAAAAGAUGAGCUAAUACAAGGAUUGGAAGAAGCUACAUGCCCAAGUUGUUCAUUGGUUGUGAAAGUGAUAUAUAAUAAAGAAAUGUUCCAAAAAGAGUCAGACCUGGAGAAAAAGUUGAACAACUUGAGUAUAGAAGAUAAAAAAGUCUGUAAUUAAUUCAUUUAAAUAUUUUUGUUAUCAUUUCUACAUCAUCACAAUGCAUUCAUCGCUUGAAAUAAAUAAAAUUAAUCGUUAUUUUUUAAUACAAUGA